CAAUGCCAUGCCUUUAACCACCUGACAUUACUGCUCUGUUAUUGCUCAGUUCAGGUGGAGACAACAGGCAUUCACCAAGCACUUGCUGUGUGUCAAGGGGGCAGUGGGACUGGAGGUGAGGGCGGCUGAGAUACUGAUCCUGGACCACAGGUGCUGCACUGGGAAGGUGAACCCCCAUACUGCUAAGCGUGUGGCAGGCAAUGUAUCAUAUAUCCACAGUCAUUCAUUCACUCACUCAUUCAGUCUCUGGCCUGUCCCUGGGCUCUGGUUGGUGGGUCUGAUAUGGUCGUUCCCCUGAGAGCUCCUGACCCAGCAGGGGAACAGACAGUUAAACAGUAGGCUAACCAUACAGCGAUGCCAUGAAGGGGAGUCAGGGAGAAGGGAAGGAAAGAGGGAAGAUGAUUAGGAAAGUCUGGGAGAUGAAACUAUUGGUGACACAGUGGGUGUAGCAGACACAGCCCUGCUUAGUGGAAAUUAUGGCCAGAGAAAGAGAUUGGGUGGAGUUUAGAACUGGGGCAGAAUGGGAGUAAGAUCUUGCUGAGAAGGUAUCCAGGAUGAAGAAGCUGGAGGCAGGAUCUCUGAAGGUGAUGUUGGGAAGGCUCUUCAGGUAGACACAGGGUAAGCAAAGGCCUGGACGUCUGGGAUGGGCUGUUAGUGGACUUGACCCAGCUACCAGGGAAUCAUUCCAGAGAGGGGAUACAUGCUUUCCAAACACUGUCUUUGGGGGAUGCUCUUUUAUAGGGUGGGAGGUCAUCUGAGCUUGACUCUUAUCAAUGAGAGAAAUAGCUCACGGCUAUGCAGCUGAGAUGAGGGCUGGGACAAGGGCAAAGGGAUUUUUUUUUUUUUUUUCCGGUUGAAAGCAGGAUAUACGCAGGCUGCUGUCCAGAGAGGGGAUGAGUACAUGGAGAGGAAUUACAAUCUCUCUGCAUUUCCCUGAGGAAGAGGCACCUGGGCACUGCUCUCUCCUUUCAGGCCUUGUGGUGGACCUUCCCAAGCAAGUCAUUCUGGCUCCGGACAUCGGGACUGGGCACUUCCUUCCAACAUGGCCGCCACUGCCUCUCCGCAGCCACUCACCACUGAGGAUGCCGGUCCUGAGAAUAGCAGCUUCUAUUACUAUGACUACCUGGAUGAGGUGACCUUCAUGCUCUGCAGGAAGGAUGCAGUGGUGUCCUUUGGCAAAGUCUUCCUGCCAGUCUUCUAUAGCCUGAUUUUUGUGUUGGGCCUGAGCGGGAACCUCCUUCUUCUCAUGGUCUUGCUCCGGUACGUGCCUCGCAGGCAGAUGACUGAGGUCUAUCUGCUGAAUCUGGCCAUCUCCAACCUUCUGUUUCUGGUGACACUGCCCUUCUGGGGCAUCUCCGUGGCCUGGCAUUGGGUCUUUGGGAGUUUCUUGUGCAAGAUGGUGAGCACUCUUUAUACUACUAACUUUUACAGUGGCAUCUUUUUCAUUAGUUGCAUGAGCCUGGACAAGUACCUGGAGAUCGUUCAUGCUCAGCCCUACCACAGGCUGAGAACCCGGGCCAAGAGCCUGCUCCUUGCUACCAUAGUAUGGGCUGUGUCCCUGGCCGUCUCCAUCCCUGAUAUGGUCUUUGUACAGACACAUGAAAAUCCCAAGGGUGUGUGGAACUGCCACGCAGAUUUCGGCGGGCAUGGGACCAUUUGGAAGCUCUUCCUCCGCUUCCAGCAGAACCUCCUAGGGUUUCUCCUUCCACUCCUUGUCAUGAUCUUCUUCUAUGCCCGUAUUGGUUGUGUCUUGGUGAGGCUGAGGCCCCCAGGCCAGGGCCGGGCUCUAAAAAUAGCUGCAGCCUUGGUGGUGGCCUUCUUCGUGCUAUGGUUCCCAUACAAUCUCACCUUGUUCCUGCAUACGCUGUUGGACCUGCAAGUAUUCGGGAACUGUAAGGUCAGCCAGCAUCUAGACUACGCACUCCAGGUGACAGAGAGCAUCGCCUUCCUUCACUGCUGCUUUUCACCCAUCCUGUAUGCCUUCUCCAGUCGCCGCUUCCGCCAGUACCUGAAGGCUUUCCUGGCCGCUGUGCUUGGAUGGCACCUGGCACCUGGCACUGCCCAGGCCCCAUUAUCCAACUGUUCUGAGAGCAGCAUACUUACUGCCCAAGAAGAAAUGACUGGCAUGAAUGACCUUGGGGAGAGGCAGUCUGAGAACUCCCCUAACAAGGAGGAUGUGGGGAAUAAAUCAGCCUGAGUGACC